CAUAUUGCUAUCUUAGAUGAAGUUAAACGGAAACACAAUCUUUCGGCAGUGACAUGUGGACUUUGCGAUGUACGCACACUCCAGCCUGACCAUGUCCGAACCAAAACUAGGCAGUGUCCUCUUGGCCAACCUCAUUGUAACUGUCUACACCAAGGCGGAAAAAUGUCGUGUCCUAGUAACGUAUGUGGUGCCAUAUACGACGAAAUUAUUAAGCGCCACGCAUCCACUCCUCCUGCUCCAUAUUGGAAAAACACACUUGCAAAGAAGUGGUGUACCGAACCAUGGGCUGUUGCAAAAUGUUUCAUAAAUGUUCCAGGAUAUGAACAAAAAGAAAGUGCAGAUGAGUUUGACUGUUCUGGCUUGUUGCAUUUGCUGAGUAAUAACCUAGAGUUUCAUCAACACAUCAAGUGCGUUAUUUCUGGCAAUGAUGUUUUCUCAAGAGUACUUCAACAUAGAAACGUCAUUUUUCAUUCUAAUAAUAUGGAACUAGAAGACACAGACACAACAAGUUAUAUAGAUGAUAUGAUAGAACUGCUCGAAGAUGACAAAGAAAUUAAAAAGAGGCAAGAGUCUAAAGAGGCAGUCAAGAAACUGCUUGAGCUUAAGCAGGAAAAGUUUAUAAUAACAACUAAAGAUGAAACCGAAGUCCGUCGUAUUGCCUUGUCUGCAAUUGAUGAGAGGGAAAAGAAUUUUGAACAGAAGAUAGUUGACGCAGAGAAUAAAAUUGAAGUAAGAACUGAUAAAAGUCAACAACAGGUAAAAAUGAUAGGUUCAGCUAUAAAAGAUGAACUCGAACAGAAAGAGAAAGAAAUCAAGAAGGGGCUGAGGAUUAAGGAAGUUGAAUCUACAGAGAAGAUGGAUCAAAAGGAAAAAGAAAUCCAACAAAAUUUAGAAGUGACAAAGGUUAAUUUAGAAGAGAGACUGAAACAGAAAGAGACAGAAAUCAAAGAGAAUUUGCGAAUAACUGAAGGUGAAUCAAAAGAGAGACUGAAACAGGAAGAAACAGAAAUCAAAGAAAAUUUGAUAAAUAUAGAAGUUAAUUCAAAACAGAGGCUAAAACAGAAAGAGACAGAAAUUAAAGACAAUUUGAAUAAGACAGAAGUUAGCUCAGAAGAGAGACUGGAACAAAAAGAAAAGGAAAUCAAAGAGAAUUUGAGAAUAACUGAAGUUAACACAAAAGACAGACUGAAACGGAAAGAGACAGAAAUCCAAGAAAAUUUGAAAAUGACAGAAGAUGAUUCAAAAGAAGGACUUCAGAAGAAAGAAUUAGAAAUCAUUCAACAUUUGAGAAUGACAGAAGAGGAAACAAAAUGUAGACUGGAUAAGAAAGGGAAAAAAAUUGAAGAAGAUUUAGAGAGUAAAGGAAAAUGUAUUCUUUAUCAGCUAGACAAAAAACAAUCAAACAAGGAAGCAGCAAACGAUGAACCUGAUGAUUCUGAAAGAAAGAGAGCAGACUUUCAGGAGAAGUUGGCCAAACAGUAUGAAAACGACAUCAUAAAGGUAUCUUUAGUACCCCUAAAACCUCAUAGAAAGCUUGAGAAUGUAAAUGAUGUAUAUGUUCCUCCCUGGCUGACUGUAGAAAUAAAAAAUCACGAAUCUAAACAAGGGAAAGAGAUGAAGAUUUCCAUGCAAGAAAUAUUCAGAAAUCAAGAAAAGCCCGCAAAAUAUAUCUACAUAAUCGGAGACGCUGGCACUGGGAAAAGCAUGCUUUGCAAAAUGCUUGUGUAUUUCUGGUGUAUCGCUCAUUCGCAUGAAGAAUGCAGUUUAGACCAUUCUGAUAUCGUGAAAGAUUUGAACAACUUUAAAUAUUUAUUUUAUAUAUCACUUAGACACUUUGCUGAUUGUGACAGUAUAGAAAAAAUGUUAGAGAAGUCAUAUCGUGAUCCUGCGCUUGGAGAUAUUUUGAAAAACGAAUCAGGCGAAUGUCUUAUUCUACUUGACGGUCUCGAUGAAUGGAAACCAGUAAAUACACAUGAUUCGCAAUUUCUGACCUCAGGACUUCCAGGACGCAAUCUACAUGCGCAAUAUACUAUUGUUACAACUUCAAGACAAUGGAAAUUCGAUUUUCUGCAAAUAAAUGAUUGCGAAGUAGAUAGAAAAAUUAAACUACAUGGCAUUGACGAAAAUGAAAUAAAAAACGUCACUGAGAAAACUGUCAAAAUGUUAAAUGACCGUUUUCAACAAAGCAAAAACGCAGAAAAUUGUAAAACCGAUAUUCAAAGCAGACGAGUUUCCGACAUUAGCCACAUACCAUUGAUCUUGCAACAAUUGAUUUGUCUAUGGUUUGACGGUAAACUCCGAGAACAUUCGAAGUAUGCUAUAUACAGUAAUAUGUUAGCGCUCUUAUUUGAAUGGAAUACACUUAAGCGAACUUCAAAAUAUCAAGAAUGCGUGAUAGUCAAACAAGCACGUAUGAACGAUUCACCACUGCCUGACUAUUUGUGCAAUUCCAGGACCCUCCGAGAAAACACCCGUGUUAUUCAGUACCUUUCGCAGUUAGCUUACGGGACCCUGUUUGACGAAAAAAAGGAAACCUCAUUAACGUUCGGUAUCUCAGCAUUAGAACGCCUGAACAUACCAAAUGACGUGAUAAAGAAUUGUUUGGACAUUGGCAUUUUAGCUGAGGAGGAAGAUCCAAGUUUUCCUGCAAGCACAAGUCAACAAUCAUUAUUUUCAUUUUUUCAUAAGUCAGUGCAGGAAUACUUAGCCGCAGUGUAUGUCGCUAGUCAGCUCAAAGAAAUGUUGAAGUCGCGGAAUAUAUUUCAGAAUGUCAACGAUGUCUGCGAAACGUGCACAAUGAAAUACUUUGGCAGUUGCAAAACCGUUGUUGGUGUCUUAGAACAAUCAAAUGUGUUAAUUAUGCUUUGUGGAUUAGAACCACAGUUGCUUACACACGUCAGCAAGUUUAUCUAUGACUUUACAAUUGUUGAAAAUAUGGCACUGGAGAAGGAAAAUACAUUUCUAAGCUUGUCCCCGAAAUAUCAUAACGUGAUCGAAGAUAUUCAAACGUGCAUUUUCUUGUGUAUUGAAGAAGUCAUGUCAACAACGAAAAAUACUCAAACUCCUGUUCAUAUUGCCUAUCUUUGUGUUUCUCCUGCGACGGAUUUGCAACGUUAUGGUGGGAAUGUUAUUUUGAAAAAUAUUCUAUGGAUAGAAGUCAAUUUCUUUUGGUUAGAAUAUGGUGCCAAGACAAAACUUACAAUACCUGAGCCAGUAAAGGAGAUAAAAUCCAACACUAGUGGUGAGAGUAUUGAUGAUGUGUACACUAAAAUUCUUGAUACAAAUGUUUCCACGCUUGAAACUGUCAAAUUCUCCCAUAUAAAUGAGAGCAUCACAACACGUCUUGUUUCGAUAUUACCGAAAAUGCGACGAUUAACUUCGCUCCAGAUAAAGGGCAUUGGUUUAGUCAUUAUUCCACAUGAUGUUUUUUUGUCGUUGUGUACAUUCGUGAAUCAAACUACAAGUCUUAGGCAUGUUGUGCUUAAUAUUUUUUGCGAGGAAAACGACAACCACAUGAUAUGCCUAUCAAAACAUGAACAACUUCAACAUGUUGAUUUUCUGCAUAGUUCAUUUUGUGUUCUCAGUUGUAACACUAACAAUCUAAAAACAUGUAAGCUUAGUAUAACAUGCGAUGCCAUGAUGAAGCAGACAUGUAACAUUCUAUAUAAAGCAGGUAGAUUGAAAUAUCUAGACCUGUGUUACAAUAUAUUAUCGUCUAACGAAAUAUUUACCGAAAAUAUUAUCAUACUGCUGCCAUCAUUGGUCAGGCUCAGAACUCUAACCUUAUGGUACUUCACCUUAACUGACAACAUUAUAGCACGUCCACGUGAUAUGAAAAAUCUGAAAGAAAUAACUCUUAAUGAUGUAACAAUGAGUAUGACAACGUGGUGCAUGUUUAUAAACAGUCUUCAUGCAUUGCCACAAGCAGUAAAGGUAACAAACAGUUUCCUGAAUGAUAGAGCGGAUACAAUAUGCUUGAUGAAUAGAAAGUAGUAGAUGUACGACAGAUUGUUAAAGACUAAAUGGAUUUCUUCCGCGUACCAUACGACAGUACCUGUAAUUUUCAGUUUACUACAAAGGAAAUGUGUCUCUGAAUAUAAUUUUAUUAUAACGCAAAUCAUGUCAGUUGGCAAAAAUAUUGACAGUGUAUGAUGAAAACGUACAACACAAAUGUUUCAUAUAACCUUGAUAUAUCAUAAGGUAUUAUAUCUAAAUAACACUCUUUUCGUUUACAUGCACACGUUCAAAAGUGCUUAACUGAAUAAAUAACAAACAAUGCAAAUUAUACACAUUCAACACAGACAAAAAAUUCAUCAUGAAUGUAAGACAUACAGAUAUGUACAAACGUAUUAAAAGCUUUUAAGUGAACCUAAGUUAAAAUACUUCCGCCAUUAUAUGUGUGAUAUCACGUCUAAACGAAAGAUCAUUUAAAAUAUUUAGAUGAAAUUUUAUUAAAACACAAAUUGAUAUAUUAUAUAUUGUUAUGGUUACAUCUUAGAAUCCGAAACAUUGAAGGCUUUGAAAUAUUUCAGUCAGAUGUUCUUUUUUUACCGCGACAUCACACAAUUACUUAGUACAGUAUCUGACGACAUGUAUCUUAUAUAUGUCUAUACAUUUAAUGCACAAUUCUGUUAAUAAAUUCUUAAAGAAAGAUG